AUGCAGUCGACAGAGGACAGACCUCACGAACCACCCCUUUCAUCGACAGGCCACCCUCUCCCCCGACGAACUUCGCCGGAAACCUCAAUCACGCUGAGAUACCAUCAACUCGCUCGCGAUGCCUCCUUGAAAGCGAGCCGCGGCUCGGUUCCGCCAAAUCAAGGCGACCAAGAUUCAUCAUCGCCUCAUCGAGCUUCAUCAGGGGAGAGCCACGAAACUGGCCAGAGCGAUGCCAAGAAAUGGUUCAACCAGUCCAAUCAAAAUCCAACAGCCACUUUCGACAGCAAUGCCAUGGAUGUUGAUCCGCCGUUCUUCCAAAAAGAGUCCGACUCAUCCAACGAAGACAAGCCCUAUCAACCGGCCGCGCCUCGAAUUCAGUCCAACCCUCGUAGCAGCAGCGCUGAUGACUACCGAAGCGUCAUUGAUGAUCUCACGGUAGAGAUACAAAAGUUGAAGGAUGAGCUGAAGCGCUAUAGGCAGCGCGGUCCUGAUAUGCUUCGAAAGGACAAACUCUUUGAAAUCAAGAUACAUGGGUUGCCGAAGAGGAAAAAGCGUGAGCUAGAGGCUACGCUCCGAGAAUUCACAGCGAGUUUGGGAGACUCACCCGAUACCUCUUCGUCACAGCGUAACAAAAAGUCGUCGAGGCAUGCCACGCGUGAUCGGAUGUAUGCUGGUUCAGGCUCCAAGUCACAGUCAAAACAUGCCUCAUCGUCGUCUGGAUCGCAUACACGACCAGUUGACUCUGCCUACGCAUCCAUGUCGAUUGGCGCUGGCUCAUCUGGGACAUCGUUGAAUAGACCUCAGGGGGGUUCACGGUUCAAGACAAACGAACAGAAAGUAGAGAACUACUUGCGCGAGAUCCCUGAGGGGCUGUAUCCCCGAUUUGUCUCCCUGACAGAAAAAGAGAAGAAGAAGCUAGUGGUCCGGCGUCUUGAGCAAAUAUUCACGGGGAAAAUUGGAGGCAAACACGCUCAUCGCAGCCAGCCUACCCAACCACCUGUCGUAUCCAUCGUGCCACCAGCAAAGGCGACAUUGGGCAAUCCUUCUCCCCAGCGGUCUUCACUGGUGCAACAACCAAAGCCAAGUCCUAAUGCCAAUCCCGGUGCUAACCUGAAUCCUGCACCGGAGCCCAUGCGCGAAGCUCGAAUUCUUCCCCAAGAACAUCAAUCCGGACAUACGGGGAAGAAGAGUAGAUCACAAGACAUGGGUUCAACGUCUAACUCUAACGGGGAUCAAACUGAGUCAGGGGGCAACGGCAACAGCAGUGGCAACGGGAACGGAUCAGGGACGAAUCCGUCGCCGCCUAUGCCGCCGCCUCCCGAACAGCGACCAACGAGGCCCAGAGAUCUCGACCCUGAUCGCGUCCAAAUCCCGUCCGAAAAUAUGGAGUACAUAAGGCAUUUAGGUCUUGUCCCUCCAGAGCUAAUAGCCGACCCUCCAGAACGGCCAAGCGACGAUGUUCACCCUGACGAGGAAGGCUGGGUGUAUUUGAAUCUCCUCUGCAAUAUGGCGCAACUGCACAUAAUGAAUGUUACUCCGGACUUUGUACGCAAUGCCGUCGUUGACCUGAGCGCAAAGUUUCAGCUAUCACCAGAUGGUCGAAAAAUAAGGUGGCGCGGCGGUACAGAUGGCACCAAAUUCAGUAGUGAUAGCUCAGGCGACCAUUCGCAACGGAGCCCUGAAACAGACGACACGGAAAACACGAAAGCAGACCACCAUAAGAGACAGAAGACGGGUCGCUCAACCGGAGACUCUGGGAGCUCGGGUAAUAACUUGUCCAAAUUUGGGCCACAAGUUUCGGCAUCAUCCGAGAGCUUUCAUUAUAAACCUCUGUUUCUUCAUCAGCAGUCGCCCAACGAGCAAUCGUCGAUGGAAGAUGACACGCUAUCGUCUUUCGGUCCUAUUGAGGAAAGUAAUGCAGAUUCGCGGUGGGGUCAGAGUGGUUCUGGUGCAUCUAAUCGUCGUAAACGCCGUCGUGACGGUGCCAUCAUCUACUAUAGUGGUGCUCCGUUUUGUACCGACUUAUCGGGAGACCCGGGUGAUAUAUCGCCAACGACGUACAUGCUAUCCAGCGGAAGGGAACGACUGGACCCCCAAGUGCAGUUUGCCCGCCCGAUACCCUUCAGAUCGGGAUCAGGAUCUUCAAUGACCAGGCGGCCAUUGAGUGACGCUAACCUUGACUUGGGCUCCAUACCCAAGCUGGGUGUCAACGACGGGGUUAGCGUGCCCGAGCUUGUGACCGAUUCGGGGGAUGAAUCCAGUGACAUCAGUAUGGAUUUUCCCUGGAGCGAUACGCAACAGAUUCUUGAGGUUCGUCCCCUUGAGCCAUGCGGUCUAGGUGGUGUGCUACCAGAAGAUCACUUCAUGGUGGUGGUUACGACUAGGCGAUCGAAACUCGAUGCACAUCUCGGUCAGAGGAGUGUGGAUCAGCAUAACUUGUCCGAAGAGACCACAGACAACAUCAUCAAUCGGAUAGCCACAAUGUCGACUUCGUCGCCCCGCCCGCCUGUCCAUCGACGACCGGGAGCGGAUGAUUCGUCGAAAAUCAAGAUUGAGUACCUUUCAGGCCGCAUCAGGCGCUUGGAACCAGUACCGCUUCCUCCACCAGUCAUAUUUUUCCCACCUUUCAGUGCAGAUUCAUGGUCCGAGGACGGAUUCGGGUCCGAUGGAGAUGAUGAAUUCAAUUCCUCAGAAGAGUUUAUGAGCCGACGAGCAAACCCGCAUCAGUCGGAUGAUUACCCUGACGGUGUAGACCUGAGCAGCGGCGACGAAGAUGGCGAAGAGCCAGACGACGACAUUGAGAUGUCGAGAAAUGAGGGGCGAGACAGUAGCCUGGACGACAUUUCACAGCAGGGACUUGGUCGGGUCCCACCUGGAUCACGGGGUAGCACCGAGGCCGUUCCAGGAACCAUUCGUGGAAGAAGCAAAAGCGCUAGCGCUGAGGCUGUUCUCCGCGCCGGAGGCAGUUCUGCGGCCACUGCAGGAGGCGUCGAGAGCGAUUACAGCAGCAGCUCCAAAAAA